AUGGCGACCGGGUCCGGUUGGCAGCAGUACUACUGCCCCGCCGGUCAGGGGAAAUUUACCUCAUCCGCGGCUUCCAGCGGAUCCUUUCAGUCCGGCAUCGCCAUGGAAUAUACCCAAGACCUGCACCUGAAGAUGAGCAAGAAAAUUGCACAGCUAACCAAGGUCAUCUAUGCACUGAACACGAAAAACGACGAGCACGAGGCGGCCAUCGCCACCCUGAAGGAGGCGCACGAGGAGGAGGUGCAGCAGAUCCUGUCUGAGACCAGAGAGAAGAUCCUGCAGUACAAGAGCAAGAUCAGCGACGAGAUGGACCUGAAGAGGCGGAUCCAGUCGCUGGAGGAGUCCAUGGAGCUGCACGAGCGCAUGAAGAGGCAGGCGCUGGCCGAGUUCGAGAGCUACCGGCAGAGAGUGGAGGACAUGCAGCUCUGCACCGAGGCUCAGCACACGCAGCGCGUGGUGUCGAUGUCCCGGGAGGUGGAGGAGAUGCGGCGCUCCUUCGAGGAGAAGCUGCGCACCUUCGGCCAGGCGCAGGCCCAGUUCGAGCAGGAGAAGCGGGCGGCCCUGGAGGAGCUGAAGGCCCAGCACCGGCAGGAGGUCCAGGAGCUGCUGCUCAGCCACCAGAGCCAGAACGCCAACUACAGCAAGGACCAGGAGAAGCUGGGCCAGCUGCACAAGGCCGAGGUGGAGUCCCUGACGGAGCGGGUGGAGGAGCUCAAGCAGGACAAGAAGCGGCUGGUGGAGGAGUACGAGGCCAAACUCAGCAAGGCCCAGGCGUUUUACGAGCGCGAGCUGGAGGCGAUGAAGAGAACGCAGCAGCUGACGGCCGACAACCUGUUGGCAUGGAAACGCACGGAGGCGGAGCUGCGGCGCGAGUUCCAGACGCAGGAGGCCGCGCUGCAGAAGACGCUGGGGAAGCUGCGCGCCGAGCUGGCCCGCGUCACCGAGGAGGCCCGGGAGAACCGGGAGAGGUCCCACAAGCUGCAGGCCUCGCUCACCACCGCCGAGGGCAGCGUCAAGGAUUUAAACCGGCAGCUGGACGAGGUGACGCAGAACUCGGAGAUCGUGGAAAUCCGGCAGAAGGAGGCGGAGUGCGAGCUGGAGGCGGCGCGAGACCGAGUCCAGCAGCAGGCCACCGAGAUCCUGCUCAAAGCCAGUCAGAUUAGCAGCCUGCAGGCCACCCAGAUGACCCAGGAGGCGGCCAUCAGGGACCUGGACAACGAGCGCAGCCGCCUGAAGGACAAAGUGGGGCGAAUGGAGGAGGAGCGGGAGGCCCUGCAGAGCCAGAGCCAGGCGCUGGACGACAGGCAGAGGCAGCAGAUCCAGUGCCUGGAGAAGACUAUAUCAGGAUACCUCUAA